CUAGCUCCCUAUCCAGACACUAAUGAUGAUGUUUUGCUAUCUGAAUUUUAAAAAUGAAGUAGGCUAACAUGAGAAUACUACCAUGGAAGGAACAUAUAUCACUAUAAAAAUUAUUUGGCAAAACAACAACAACACAAAACAAACAAACAAAAACAAGCUACCAUCAAACAAGUAUUUACACUCCAUGUUUUGUGCAAUACUUUGCCUAUGUGAUUUAAAGCUUAUUUAAAGCAAGAGCACAGGUUACCAGUCCUUUGUAUGUUUUCAUUCCUGCCGUCAAAGACACCUUCAAAUUACAGUUGCCCAAAGCACAGCUCUCUACUGUUCUUUCCACUUGAGAGUACAUAUAUUCUUCACUUGCUGGCUGUGGACUGCUGUCUGUAGAAGGGUUGUGUUCUUGGUAUGUAGCAUUCAGCAAAGAGCAUGUAGUCAACAGAAUUAUUUUGAUUAAAAACAUCAACUAAAUGAGAUAUUGAUUUAAAGGGUUUCAUAAUGAAGGCAUAGCAAAACUCUUAGAAUACAUAGGAGUCCCUCAAAGGUGAGAGACAAGAUGUACUAGGAAUUUGUAACCAAUUUUACAUUGUUAUAGCUGAAGUACUUAGAUGAUGCUCUGUAUACAGCACAAGCUUUCUGUGUAAGCACAAAGCAGUGGCUGAUAGGGUGUCAGUGCUUUAGACCUUGAGUGCUGGCCAACAGUGAGCCUGCCAGAAAUGUUUGGGUCAGGGUUUGAUGACUGAAUUGACAACAGAACAUAUGCCAGAAGUGUUUCCACAGCACAUCCUCAUCUGCUUGACCAGCAGCUCACCAAAGGGGGGGUAAUGGGUUGUGAUGUCUGUCUAGGAGAUGCAUCUCAUACUUUUGUGUGUGUCUUUAGCAGCACAGCACUUAAUGGCACAUCUGCUGUUCGCAUCAUCGUUGCACUUAGCUUUGAAAGAUGUUUCAUAGAACCAUAGUAUGGCUUGUGUUGGAAGUAACCUUAAAAAUGGAGUGAGGAAUGCCAUCCACUAGAUCAGGUUGCUCAAAGUCCCAUCCAGCAUGGCCUUGAAUACAUCCAGGGAUGGGACAUCCACAGCUUCUCUGGGCAUCCUGUACCAGUGUUUCACAGCCCACUGAAGAAUCUCCUGUUGUAUUAGGCGAAAUACGGGGAUCUUAUCGAGAUGUGACGUGACAGGCCCUCCCCCAUAUUCUGGAAGAAUCUUACUGAUGUGUAAUACAGUGGGAGUAGACGAAAUGGACGUAGGUUAUAUAAGGUCGUGUAUGCUUCAAUAAAUCGCCAUUUUACCACCCUACCACCUUGGUGUCACUUGGUAAUUGGUCUAACUACUGCUUCAGUUGGAGGCGAGAGAUCGUAAAGCCAUUAACGAUCGUAAAGCCUUCAAAUGGUGACCGACCGACGUGAUCGACGUAAUUAGGCAUGAUUUGGGACACUUGAAGCAAAGUAGUUGUCUGCGUUACGGCCGCAGGAUCCCGUUGCGGUAGCGAAUCCUUAUCACGGAGUAGCGGAAGCCCAGGGUCGAAGAGGAGUGCGCAUCACUCUUUGACAGGUGGGAGAGAGAGCUCUCGGAAUCUCGGAACCCCCAGGUAUCUUCGGGGAAGCGCCAGGGUACGGCCAGGAGACUUACGUUCAGCCGAGGCGACAUGGAAGCCGUUAUCAAGGUAAUUCUUCACGCUUGUAAACUUCACUGUGGGAAACAGGCUCCUUCCAAAAGGGAGGUAACAGCAGUUCUCUUGCUGUUGGAGAAGGAAGGGCUUUUAACAACCCUGUCUGAUUUAUACAAUCCUGGCAGAUGGGAUGAAAUUACGGCCGCGUUAUCUCAGAGGUCGCUGGCCACUCGGAAAGUGUCGGAAUUCAAAGUAUGGGGAUUUAUCCUAGAAGCGCUGAAAGCAGCGCGGGAGGAGAAGCUAGCGAACCAACAUGCUAGAGAAAUACUGGGUUUGGAAACGGGGGGAGGCCGCGAGGGGGGUCUUGUCUCUCCUGCAGAUUCAGUGGAAGACAAGAUGGCGCCGGCUACCCCGGCCACACCUGUUGCUUCACCUUCGGAGAAGAAGAGGGACAUUCCAGAAGACCGCCCUGAACAGGAUGACACCCUGCCUCCACCCCCCUAUCCUGACUCCUUGUAUCCUUCAUUGGACGCUUACAGAGAUGAAGGGAGGGGGAAGCCCCCUGAGGAAUGUGGUGUUGCUUGCAUACUUGAUAAGAACAAGGACAAGGAGGGGGCGGGAGAGCCAAAGGGGGGAGGCGUGGUGGUGCCACCAGAGCUGAAAGGGGGAGGCGUGGUGCCACUGGUGAGAAGUGUAGGGGCGGGUGGUACUUCCUUGCUGUCGGGUCCGGCUUGUUGCUGUGUGUACGCCCAGAAAGGGAUGGAUCGUGCCGCCCCGUAUGAUAGUGAAAGUGAAUGUGGGGGUGGUGAUUCAAUGUGGGACGCCCAAAGGCCCACCCAAGGGAGAUGUGGCCCCAUGGCACCCGUCCCGUGGAGCCCGCCCACUCUCACUGAUUGGGCCCAAACAAGGGAGGACCUCUGGAUAGCUGACCCGGAAAUAACAGCUUUUCGUCUGCCGAUAGUUGUGAAGCAGCAUGGUCCGGCUUGGACCCCUCUGGAUUCCAAGGCGAUUACUCGCCUUGCAGAGUUAGUUAAGAACAAGGGCCUGCGUUCUCCGGUGACUAUGUCAGCAGUUGAGGCUCUUAUGGCCUCAAGACUCCUGCCGUAUGAUGUGGUCAGUCUCAUGAGGGUGAUUCUUGAGCCCGUGCAGUACACGUUGUGGUAUGAUGAAUGGAAUAGACUACUUCAGGCUGUUGUAGCUGAAGCAACUCGUGAUAACAAUCAUCCGGCUAAUGCACGUACAGGUCAAGGCCGUGUGGCUAGGGUUGAAAGAACUACUCUCUUGCGCCUUCAGGGACUAGCAGAUGGUAUGGUGGGGUCCCCGGAGGGUCAAGCAAGAGGGCUGAGAGCGGGGGAGUUAGCUGCGCUUACAAAGGCAGCCCUUCAGGCUCUGAGGACGGUGGCUAAGAUUGUGGAGCCUGUGCUCCCGUGGUCUGACAUCAAACAGGAGCCCUCUGAGUCGUUUUCUGAUUUUGCAAAUCGCUUGAUUCAUGCCAUUGAAGGGUCUGACCUCCCCAGGGAGGUCCAGCCUUUGGUUGUGAUAGAUUGUCUCAAGCAAAAGUCUCUCCUGGACGUUCAGCAGAUAAUUAGGGCAGCACCUGGGACUCUGAACACCCCAGGGGAGAUUAUUAAAUAUGUGCUAGAUCAUCAGAAGAAUACGCCCUCACAUAAUGACAGCUUGGCAACUGCCGUGCAGGGAAUGGCUGCUUCAGUGCAAGGGAUGGCUGCUUCGGUUAGCUCUGCAAUCAGAUCUGCAGUGAUGAUGGCAGCUCGCACCGGGGAUGAGAAGGGAAAAGGUCCGUGUUUCAAGUGUGGGCAGCAUGGUCAUUUUAAAGCACAAUGCCCUGAGAGAGCUGGGCAGAGUGGGUCACAGGGUCUGGGGGAGCCUUGUCAAUUGUGUGGUUGGGCUGGACAUGAUGCACAUCAGUGUCAAAAAUAUGAGGUUUCACCGCAGGGAAACUGGUACGGGAGGGUGCCAAUGGCCCAGGUCUCCUUCCCACUCUUUUAAACUGGGCCAAGGGUGCAGACCUCAUAGUG